AUGGGGUGGUCCUGGAAGAAACCCGUCUUCACAGCCCUGCUGGGGGCUGCGGUGGCCUCGGGCCUCACCGUGCUUGUCCUCAUCCUGGUGGAGGCCACCAACGUUCUCCUGUCCCCAGACAUCAAGUUCGGGAUUGUGUUUGACGCCGGGUCCUCGCACACGGCGCUUUUUGUGUACCAGUGGCCGGCGGACAAGGAGAACGGCACGGGCGUGGUCAGCCAGGCGCUGGCCUGCCAGGUGGAAGGGCCUGGAAUCUCCGCCUACACCUCCAACCCCACACGGGCCGGCGAGAGCUUGCAGGGCUGCCUGCAGGAGGCGCUGGCACUGAUCCCCGAGACCCAGCACCGGAAAACACCCCUGUUCUUGGGGGCCACAGCUGGCAUGCGGCUGCUCAGCCAGAAGAACAGCUCUCAGGCCCGGGACAUCUUUGCAGCGGUCACCCAGGUCCUGGCCCGGGCUCCUGUGGAUUUUCGGGGCGCGGAAAUCCUGGCUGGGCGGGAUGAAGGUGCCUUUGGUUGGAUCACCAUCAACUACCUCCUGGGGAUGCUGGUGAAGGUGCCACGGGUGGCCGGCGGCGGGGACCAGGGGGUGUGUCUGGGGCUGGUGACACUGCCCGGGGGCAGGACUUGGGGCCAGGGCUGGGGCUGGCGGGCUGGCGCUGGGGUCAGCGUGGCCCGUCCCCCACAGCGCCAGCCAGCCGGCCCACUCCGCCACCCGUGCUACCACAGCGGCUACCGGGCCACGCUGGACCUGGCCCCGCUGUCCGAGUCGCCCUGCGUCCACACCGCAGCUCCCCGGAACCUUGCCCAGAACCGCACGGUCGAGGGGACCGGCAGCCCCGGGGAAUGCGUCUCGGCCAUCCGGGAGCUCUUCGACUUCAGCUGCCAGCACGCGGGAAGCUGCGCCUUCGACGGGGUCUAUCAGCCCCCGCUGCACGGCCGGUUCUACGCCUUCUCCAGCUUCUACUACACCUUGCACUUCCUGAACCUCACCUCUGGGCAGUCGCUGAGCUUGGCCAAUGCCACCGUCUGGGAGUUCUGUAACAAGACCUGGAAGCUGGUGGAGGCCAGCUACCCGGGGCAGGACCGCUGGCUGCGGGACUACUGCGCCUCUGGCCUGUACAUCCUCACGCUGCUGCACCAGGGCUACGGGUUCAGCGAGGAGACCUGGCCCCGCGUGGAGUUCCACAAGCAGGCCGGAGGCACGGACAUCGGCUGGACUCUGGGCUACAUGCUGAAUCUCACGGGCCUGAUCCCAGCCGAGGCACCAGCCCAGGGCCGGGCCCAGAGCCACGGUGUCUGGGCGACCGGGGUGGUGUUCGUGGCGCUGACGCUGGUGGCCGUCCUCAUGGCGGCUGCGGUGCAGCUGGCCUGGCGUGAGGGCCCUGGGGAGGAGGCUCCAGCCUGA